UCCUUGGUGUCUCCUCCCCCUUUUUGUCUCCACAAAGAGCUGAACGCUGAAUGAAGUGAAUCUGCCUCAGACUGCUAGAAUAGUGGAAACCUUUUUCCUGUCUCUCUUUCUCUCUCUCUCUCUCCGUCUCUUUUCACUCCCAUUUCCUCUUUCUCCAUUUUCACUCCCGUCUCUCUCUCACACACGCUCCAUUAUAUGCUCUCUAAACCUCCAUCCAUCCAUCCAUGCACAGCCUGGUGAGGGAUCAGAGAGGGAAAAGCAACAGAUUAUGUUCUCUGAACCAAAUCCAGAAACCAGCUUCUGAGAUGAGACUCUUGUCAUCUUAAAUCACCUUCCUCUCCUGCAGGCUGGAUUGAAAGCAAAGAGACUUUGCAGAUACCAAAACAAGAUCUGUCUGAGAAGUCUGGACAUCGUCUUGACUGAGGAACUUGGGGAUUCAAAGUAAGCCAGGUCCACAGGGACUUCGGAGGAGACGUUUUCGAUUUUUCUCUCUUGUUCGUGGCUGGCGAAGGGGCCGGUGGAAGUUAGCCAAGACGCCGCGCGCCGUGCUCCGCGUGAAGAAUGCCCAGUCGCGCCUGCCCAAGCCGGCGGACACGGCGCCGACGCCGGGCCUGUACAUGGAGCGUUCGCAGAGUCGGAUCAGCCUAUCCGCUUCCUUCGAGGCCCUGGCCAUCUACUUCCCCUGCAUGAACUCCUUUGAUGAAGACGAUGCCGACCCUGAGGGUCGGCGGUUAAAGGGGAUUCAGAGGAGUACAGAGACGGGACUGGCUGUGGAGAUGCCCAGUCGCACGGUUCGACAGGCCAGCCAUGAGUCUAUAGAAGACAGCAUGAAUAGCUAUGGGUCAGAGGGCAAUCUGAACUACAGUGGGAUGUGUUUGGCCUCGGAUGCCCAGUUUAGUGAUUUUCUGGACGGUAUGGGACCGGCUCAGUUUGUGGGAAGACAGACUUUAGCUACAACUUCAAUGGGAGAUGUUGAGAUCGGUCUGAUGGAAAGAAACGGGCAGCUGGAGGUGGAGAUCAUUCAGGCACGUGGACUCAUUUUAAAGCCUGGAUCUAAGGGCCCUCCAGCGGCCUACAUUAAAGUGUACCUUCUGGAAAAUGGUAUCUGCAUCGCCAAAAAGAAGACAAAAUCUGUCCGGAAAUCGCUAGAUCCCCUUUACAAUCAAGUCCUUGUGUUCUCCGAAAGCCCACAGGGAAAAGUUGUGCAGGUCAUCGUUUGGGGAAACUACGGCCGGAUGGAUCGUAAAUGCUUCAUGGGCGUGGCACGCAUCCUAUUGGAGGAGCUGGAUUUGACAAACAUGGUGAUUGGCUGGUACAAGCUUUUCCCGACUUCUUCUAUGGUUGAUCCCACAAUGGCACCAUUGAUUCGACACUCAUCGCAGCUCUCUCUGGAGAGCAGUGUGGGACCGUGCUGCGAACGUUCCUAAGACUACUAACUUAACCUGGUUUAUUUUUCUCUGAAAGGGCUCUCGAAGCCCUUUAUCCUAAGAGUGCUGGUUGUGCAUGACUGCGGCGCUGAAACCCUCUGAAUUUCCAAGAACAGAAAACCACCUGGAAAAUUCCAGAUUUUGUCACAGGAAAUGAGGAAAUGUUCUCGUUCAGCCUCUGGGAAAAGACUUCAGGACAGACCAAACGUCUAGGCUUUAUUUUAGCUUUACACAUUAGCCUGUGGUGGUCUGUGUGUCUUUAGAGAAGGAGACGUCCUCCGGUUUAGACGCGAAGGUUCGUGCGCUCAUCGGUUUGAACGCUGCAACCUGUUUAUUUUUAUUACCGUAUAGGUUGAACGGAUGGGUUUGUGCAAUAUGACACAUUAUAGAUGAAUGUAUUGUUUAAAAGUGCGGGUUUAUAUUCAUUUUCUUGCAUUAUUAAUGAUAAAGAAAUAGAUAUUUGUCUUUACAAGAUUUAAUAUGUAUAGUUCGAAGAGUCAGUGUUUGUGGUUCAUGCUUUUGUUUUUCAUAUCAUUGAACGGUGCCAAUGCUACCAGCAAGUGGCUUUACUUUGUAGUUAGUGACUAGAUGCUUUACAAAAAAAAAAAACGAUAAUUUAGGCAGACAAAAAUAUUUUAAAAGACAGAUGCUAGUUUUACACAAUCUUUACCGAUGUUAAAACAUACACUAUUCAAGGUGAGGAAUUUUUGUUGUACGUUGUACAUUCCCAAUAAAUUAUGGAUAAAGAUGAUUUUAAUGGGUGUAAAAGCCUUUAAAUAACAUACAGGUCAUAAAAUGUUCAUGGAAAAACGGGAGUUGAUGUUUUUAAAUAAGUUACAGCUUGAUCGAUACAUCUUUUUAAAAGCGAGAUAUACUGCAGAUACUAUUUUAAGUGAAUAAGACUUUAAAACGUUAAAAAUAUCUAUCAACAAAACGGUGCUGGUAGAUUUUAGAACUGACACCAGGCGGAUUGAACACUUCCUGCUAAUCGUCCAAUCGGCAAACAGUUAUUAACAGAUCUCUUAAUCUAUCACCAAUUAUAAACUCAUAAUUUAUGUUUGCACUUUAUAAUCUUAAAUUUUGGCAUGAGUCUUUACUUUUCUUCUUCUUAUUCUGGUUACUUCGGGAGGCAGAAUUUUUAAGUAGCAUUGAUACGGUCGUAGCAUUAGAUAGUAGCAUAGGCAUGAAUGAUUUAAUGAGAUUUUGCAUGGAAGGGGUAUAGAUGACUUUAGAGGCAACAAUGUAGCAGCAGAUGAUCAAACAUACUGUUACAUUGCAAAUAUCGUACUGUGUGCCAUUCUGACGCAAAAAAAGAGUCUGGUAUUUAUAAACGCAGGUGUGUGAUGUUCUGCUCACAUGUCCUGAAAAUAUGAUAUGCCAGCAAACUAAAGGGAAGAAAGCAGAAUUCUGCAUAAAUGAGAAUUCAUAUAAAAAAAAUGAACACAUGAACACUUUUUAAUAGAAAUUCUUGAAAGAUUGUUUCCAGUUUAAGAAGCUUUGGAUUCAUGCUGAAAAGUAUACCUCAAUUUAUCGUAACAUGAUCACGCGUGAAGGCCAUAUAGAAAACACUGCCACAUUAUUUUUCAAGAAUUAAAUGUUUAUUGUCUUUAAAGCAAUAACUUGUCAAUUUUGCUCGCUUUAUGUUUUAUGGGAGUAAAGCCAGAUUUUUCUCUGCAUUGACAUCGGUAACUUUUGCAUCCAUGUAGCAAUACUUGGUUUUCAACAAAGCAGUGAAAAACAUGUACAUUUUUGAGAAAUUAGUGCCAAAACUUAUAGAUGUGCUGGGCUUAUACGAGUGAAUGGUUUGGAAAAAUGUAAUAAAUUGCUCUGAAUUGAAAAUGUGAACUGUAAAAAAUCCUACAUUUUUAAGAUGAAUCAACUUGAAUUUACAAUUAAUUUCUAAUAAGUAGUUGCUAUAAAUUAUGAAAAUAAAUUUGAAAAUUACUAAUUUUACUUAACAUUUAUAAUUUAUAGUAACUCGUCACUUAACUAAAAAUCUAGGAUUUUUUACAGUGUAGAUUUUUGUUUAUUAAUAUACAUCAGUUUAAUAUAUAGGAAUUUCAUACGUUUUACUCUUAUUCUUAAAUGUCAGUCACUGUCUAAAAAAAUUCAAUAUGAUUCAUGUUCAUGUUGGUCGGUUCAUGUAAAUAGACUUGGAUAUACAAUAGUUGGCAAAAUUAAUGGUAGUGAAUUUGCUGAACGAAGGUUUUUGGAUGUUAGAUAUUGAAAUUUCUAGGCUUUAAUACUUUGGCUUAGUCACACGAUUAUCUUGUAUGUAUCAAGAUGUGAUCAUUUGAGAAUUGGAUACUUGAUGCUUCGAAUCCACCCCAUUUUUUGGCACCAGAUGUUCUAGAAAAUAAACACAUUUUUAAUUUAUUUUUAAACAAAUAGGAAUUGUUUAUGUGAAGCCUUAAUAACUUGUAAACCAGAGGUCUUAACAUGAUUCCAAUUGCAUUGAGGAGAAAGAGACAUGCAAGAAUGUAAUUCAGUUUUUGUGUACAUUGUAUUUUUAUUUUUGUCUUUUUCUUUUCAAAUAUUUUUUUUUACCAUAUCAACUGCACUUGUUGGGGUUGAUAGGGCAAAAUAAUCAUCUUUUUUUUUAAAUUGGAUGGUGUUAUAUUUUUCUUUAUCAUAUAAUUCCUCGUUUAAUUCAUAAAAAACAAUAACGUCACUGUUAAUUAAUGCACAAUUUGGUGUAUUGUUACUCUGUUGAAGAUGGUUAAAGGAAUAAAAUGGCUCACUCUGAUUUACAAAACAUGACGUC